UAGCUCAAGCAAAUAUUGCAGUAAAAUUACGGCUCAUUUUAGGAGGGAUAGAGACUAUAAAAAUGGAGACUGAGAAGCAGACUGAACAGCCGGCUGUACAGCCGACUGUACAGCAGAGCGAAAAGAAGACUGUAAAAAAGAAAAAAACUAAAAUCUCCAAAUGGUUUAUAUUUAUCAAGCUCUACCUGACGCUCUACAACUUCUUCCAAUUCCUCGGCUACUCCUACGUCAUCCUCGUCAUUCUGUUCAAAUUCGUGACGCAAGGCCACGUGUUAUACGAAAAUGUUGGACCGAUCAUAAAAGUGUUGCAGCUCCUACAGUUUUUGGAAGUACUUAACCCUUUGAUUGGACUUACACGGGGAAUUCCUUUCGUACCUUUCCUUCAAAUCUUUGGACGUGCUGUUGUGCUAUUCUGGAACGUUGACAUUGAACCCCGAAUCCAAGCUAAACCAGUUGUGAUUUACUUGAUUAUAAUAUGGAGCUUGGUGGAAACUGUCAGAUAUCCUUUCUACCUAACGCAAAUAUACGGGAAGGACGUCAACAUGAUCACGUGGCUGCGUUAUACCUUAUGGAUUCCUCUAUACCCGGCUGGUUUUCUCUGCGAAUACCUCAUCAUAUACAGCAACAUUCCCUACUUUGAAGAGACGAAUAAGCUGUCGGUGACUCUGCCCAACGAAUGGAACUUCGCCUUCCAUAUGCCGACGUUCUCUCGGAUCCAUAUUUGCCUCCUGAUGGCUGCCGGCAUGUAUUUGAUGAAGCACAUGCAUAGGGUGCGAAUGGCCAGGCUUCAGGUCUUGGAAGAGUUAAAGGUGAAGUAGAAAAA